GAAUCCUCUAGACUCGUAUGGAAGGCCCCUUUCGCCUCCUCCCCCUCACCCCUUCCCUCCCAUUAUAUAUAUUCGCGUGGGCGACCACUCGGCUCUCCUCUCCAAAAUACAGAUUUACCUACCCCCAUCCAAAAUAAAAAGAAAUAAUCUCCCUUGCCGGCCAUUUUUUUUAACUUACUCACUGUUCUCCGUUGGAACCCAAAACCAUCGCAAAGAUGAGUCGACAUCCAACUACAAAGUGGGCUCAAAGAUCUGAUAAGGUGUAUAUCACCAUUGAACUACCGGAUGCAAAGGAUGUGAAAUUGAACUUGCAACCAGAUGGGCAUUUUUAUUUCUAUGCAACUAGCGGAGCAGAUAAUAUACCGUAUGAGAUUGACUUUGAAUUAUUUGACAAGGUCAAUGUGGAGGAGAGUAGAGCUGCUAUUGGAUUGAGGAACAUAUGCUACCUUGUGAAGAAAGCUGAGAAGAAAUGGUGGAGCAGGCUGCUGAAGAAUGAAGGGAGGCCUCCUGUGUUCUUGAAGGCUGAUUGGGACAAAUGGAUUGAUGAAGAUGAUGAGAAUGAAAAUAGAUUUGGAGAUAUGGACUUUGGUGAUAUGGACUUCUCGAAGUUGGACAUGGGUGGUGCUGAUGAUGAGCUUGAAGACGAUGCUGCUGAUGCCCUUGACAGGAAUGGAGAUGAUGAAAUGGAAGAGACCAAAGCAGGAAGUAGUAAUGUGGAGGAAAGCAAGGAGGAGGUAGCCCAAGCUGCAGCUGCUAAUGAAUCCAAGGCAAAAGCAUGAGGCUUUACAGCAGCCUGAGAUUUCCCUUCUUAACUUUCGUGGGGAACUCUGACAUAUGUUGACGUGAAUGCUCAGUAUUUUAGUAUUUUGGAUGCACUGCUUCUUAUGGCAGAAUCAUUUAGUCAUGGAUAGCUUGGACUGAUGUCAUGUUUUCAGUUUCUGUAUGGAGUAUACUUCGGUUUUGUGAUCACCUUUUAUUUACCAGUUCAUGGGCUGUUCAACGGGGAAUGCAAGUUUGGGUAUUGCAGAA